AUGGACAUGUUUACUGGCGAAAAAAAAGUGUAAAAUAUGUACAAUUGUUUCAUCGGAAUAAAUUCUAGUAUGUUACUACGAUUUGUUAAGCAUACGAAAUCGAACUAAAAGAUAGUACGCUCUGCAAAAGUGAUUAAAAAUAUUUAUUUCAUUGGAGUAGACAAUAAGUUACAAAUAAGUAAUAACGAACUAUUUUCCAAUAAAGUUUGAGGUAAGCAAAAAUGGCCUCGGCAGCAAUGUCACCGACGGAGGAUGACGAGCUCACGUUACCUCGUGCCUCAAUAAACAAAAUGAUUAAAGAAAUCCUGCCCCACAUUCGUGUGGCCAACGAAUCGCGAGAAUUGAUUCUAAACUGUUGCACAGAAUUCAUCCACCUUUUGUCCUCAGAAGCCAAUGAAAUUUGCAACCAGCAGCAGAAAAAGACAAUAAACGCCGAGCACGUUUUACAGGCCCUGGAAAAACUCGGUUUCGGCGACUACAGCGCAGAAGCUGAAGCAGUUUUACGUGAUUGUAAAGCUGUAGCUGCUAAACGACGAAGACAAAGCACCCGAUUAGAAAAUUUGGGAAUCCCUGAAGAGGAGCUUCUUCGUCAGCAGCAAGAACUCUUUGCAAAAGCGAGAGAAGAACAGGCAGUUGCUGAACAACAACAGUGGCAACAGCUCCAAGCUGUCGCUCAAAUGGCUUCGAUGCAGCAAACCGAAAGCGAACAGGACGAUUAUUCGUAAAAUAAUACAUGUAAAAUGUAAGGAACUCGAAAAUAAUUUAUAAUAGACCCGGUUAAUUUUACGAGAAGAACAAUGAUGACGAUAAUGACUAUAGUUUAAAGUGAAGUGUAAUCUAAGAUAAUGAAAUAAGUACAGAGGGAUCUUAAGUUGAAGAAAUUGUACAAUGACGAAUUUAUGUUUAUAACAAAAAUAAAUACAGUGUGAUCACAA